AUGGUCAACUUUGAAUUCCGGCCGCUUUUCCGGACCAAAGAAGAACGCACAGAAAAGAGGCGAGAGCAAGUUCGCCGGGCGCAGAAAACAUUUCGCGAAAGGCGCGACCAGUAUCUAAAGUUACUUGAACGGCAGCUCAGCAAAUUCCACGCUGAGAAUGCAUUGCUAAUCGCCGACGCUGAACAGCUCCGCUCCGAUGUGGCUGCAUUGCAGCAAAGAUUGAAUGUUUGUGAAGGUGCCCUUCGAGCAUAUCAAUCGGGAGCUCCUGAUUACGCAUGGCCGGGUAGCGGCUUCGACAGUGCCGAUGCAUUCUUGUCACAACCCAUGCCGUCUGCGGUGGAUAAGAAUUUAGCAGGCAUCGGCAUACGGCUUGACUAUUCGCAAGGAAAACCUAGCCAGCUCAUCAUGACGCCUUCGUCUUUAGGGAGCCCCAAUGAGACCUUCACCAACUUCAGCACUCCAAACUUGAAAAGAUCUGGCACGACCAAGCAGCAACAAUGGAAGGAACCCUCCAACACACCCUCACCAUCCCGGUAUUUGUAUAAAGCACAGUUCAUCGCCAAUCUUGACACUGUUGUCGUAGCGAUGGAGUUCGUACUGAAACUCGAAUCGCCGUGUCUACCACACAUUCAUGAUCCCUCAAUCGAGGGCACCGACGAUCACACGCCACAAGGCCACAUGCAUCUUGCAUCUGCCACACUGAUGUCUUGCAUAUCAAGCAAUGCAAGCCGCAAACCUAGUAACAGCCUCACUGCUCUUCCGCUGCCACAAGAUAGAAAUGUAGAGCCUGAUCCACAGGCAACACUGCAAUCUUUCAGUUGCCCACGCUCAAUUCUUGCUACUCUCUUACAGAGAUCUGAGGAACUGCCAAAGGAAAGUCAAGAGGUGACACCAAUCCAGGCCUGGCAUCAGAUCCAGCAGCACCCUGACUUUGGUCGGAUCAACGUGGCCGAGCUGGACAAUCUGACCGAAAAGCUGCUAGAGCACAUUAAAUGCUAUGGUUUUGGAGGUGUCAUUAAGCAGGAGUUCCUGCACUCAAUGCUGCAGGAGCUAUGA